UUUUUUUAUAUAGAGGGAGCAAGUAUCUACAAGUAGUGCAGUGGGGCUUUAAGACAUGUCGAAAAUAGAGGCGGCGUAGCAAAAUUGUUUAAACAUUUGACUAGUGAUACGAAGGUCGUGGGUUCGAGCCAUCGUGCGGCACUAUUGUUCAAUUUAGACAUAAAUCUUUAUUUGCUUCUCUUUACCCAGGUGUUAAAUGGGUAUAGAUAUGGGAAGGAAUUCCUUGAGUGCACCGGAAUCGACAGGCCUCGCCUAGUUCGAGCUUGGGUAAUAUUGGAGUGGCUUGGAUAGAGUACGUGGUAGAUGUGAGCGCUGUAAAAUAUUCAAUAUUACAUGGAUCAUUCAUUUGGUGUACCCGUAAACAUGUAUUCAAAUUUUAAAGUGAUUAAAUGUGUGUGUGUGUGUGUGUGUCUCUCUCUCCCUCUCUCCCUCUCUUGCAAUGCUUCAUUCGUUAUUUGUAGGAUGUAUCAGGAGAUGUGGGCCUCUACGUUUUAGAUGUGGUAGGUAUGAUCGGCUGUAUCAUCUCCAUCAUAUGCCUAGUGAUUACACUUGUUACCUAUCUGAGCAUGAAAAAACUACGCUCGAAGCAACCUCAGCGGAUCCUGAUUAACCUUUGCUUCGCGCUUCUCGGGCUCUAUCUCGUGUUCGUCAUCGGUAUCGACCGCCGUUACACGACCGCGGGUUGCGUGGUGGUCGGUUUUCUCAUCCAUUUCUUUCUGCUGUCGUCGAUGUCGUGGAUGUUGGUGGAAGCUAUCAAUAUGUACCUCCUCUUCGUCAAGGUCCUAGCCGCCACCGUGUCUCAUUUUAUGCUUAAGGCCGCGCUUUUUGCUUAUGGUUUGCCUCUUCUCGUGUGUGUCGUAACAGUAGCAUUUGAUAGCUCCCUAGUAUGGUGUGUUUUUCUCUCUUCGCUUAACAGUUGCUUUGUCAAGCCGGGUCCAGCCCUGUAUUACGGCGUCUUACUCAUCGUCGCUCUCUUCCUUGCCGCCAACUUCACCAUCUUUGGUAUCGUCAUGCAACGCUUGUCAUGCCGCAAAUCCGUCGCUGACAACAAGACCAACCAGGCCAGCCGCGGUGAGAUGUGGCGACGGGUCCAGAACGCCGUCGCCAUCUCUGUCUUGCUCGGUCUGACAUGGUUGUUCGGUUUCCUCGCCAUUGGUGGUGCCCGUGUUGUCUUCAACAUCCUCUUCCUCGUCUUAAACUCCCUCCAGGGGUUCCUCGUCUUCCUCAUGUUCUGCGUCCGGCAGAAGGAGGUCCGUGAGCAGUGGGUGCGAUGGAUGCACUGCGGUCAGCGUCGCAGCGACGAUUUCGUCAGGGCAAAGAACAAAAACUCUGGGUCGCAGGAUGGUCGCACGUCCUUGGCGACUUCGAGCAGGCAAGAUAUCCAACUGUCAAGUAGAGGGACAGUCAGCACCGAUACCACAUUGUGACUUCCAGGAAAGUAAUACAUUUGACAUGAAUAGAUUGCUAGACCAGCUGACCAGUGAAAAACACGAGAAUAAAAUGGGAUUGAUAGUAUUUUUUAGUAAUAUCCUUAUAUGAGCUUUUUAAAUUCUAUAAUCAUAUUAUUAGUGAUUAAUGUUAUUUAAUCAUACAAUGUUGUUUAUCGAAAGCGAAAAAUUAUGUAUAGUUAAAAAACGUAAUUCUCAUUUAAUCCUAUAUUUUUGUUAGGUCUAUGAUUCAGCCAAAAGAUUAAAAUUAAUCUAAAGGCUUACAUGAACGUUAACAAACAUGAAUCUUGCCAGAAACUUAACCGCUAUCAAUUUCAUUUAUUUAGUUGCUUCAACGAUUUAAAUGUUGUAUUGUGCAUAGAGAAUAAUAAGAUUUAUGA